UUAUUUUUGCUUUGGUCGAGAACAAUGCAGCGUACAACACAUUUGACGAUCGUGAUGUGAAACUUGUUCGCAAAUCUCCAUUCUUAGAGCAAAAAAGAUCUUUUUUUAUCUUCAGGGUAAAAGAUCAGAGGUCCAAAAAUAAAUCAAAACACCAAAAUGGUUAGAACAGAAACUGGACCUGUUAAAAGGUUGCCAAGGCAUCUGAGAAAUGAGGAUAUUCCUUCACACACAUUUACUCCCAGGACUUAUCAGGUGGAACUUCUUGAUGCUGCUCUGCAGAGGAACACCAUAGUCUGCCUGGGAACCAGUGGGGGAAAUACCUUCAUUUCGGUGAUGCUUCUGAAGGAGUUUUCCACUGAGCUCAGAAAACAGCUGCAAUGUGGGGGAAAGAGAAGUGUUGUAUGCUUAAAUUCAGAUGAAAGCAUUCAAGAGAUUUCCCAAGUCAUUAAACAUCACAGUGAUCUUAAUGUUAUGCCCAUAUACGAACUAUCUGAGGAUGAAUCAAAAUUAAAUUCAAUGCUCAAUGACCAUCAAAUACUGGUGACCAAACCAUCAGUGUUCAAUGACAUACUGCUGAAAAAGUUCUUACUCCCAGUCCAAAUUAAUCUAGUCAUCUUAGAAAACUGUCACCUGAUUCUUCAGGAAGAACAUCCUUACCAAAGCAUCAUAAAUAUCAUCCACAACAGUGUUCCUAGGGAAGCAGCUGCUAGGAUUCUAGGCUUGACAUCCUCCUUUAUAAGUCAGAAAUGUCAUGAUCCAGGAGAACUAGAAAACAUCAUUAGGUCACUGGAGAAUCACCUUAGUGCCAGAGCAGAGACAGCUACCCUUGUCAUUGCAGAGAGAUAUGGAAUACGUCCAAAGGAAUAUCUUAAAUUUUGUGAUAAUUAUGAAGAUGUAACAGGUACUCUCACACUGCUGGAUGAUGUAUUGAGCAGUGCUCUGGAAUUUCUGAAUGAAUGCAACAUGGAAGAUGAAGAGGAUGAUGACCGAGAUCCAAAGGAAAUUCCAAUCUUUGUCUUCUCCGAAUGUCUUAAUAUUCUGUACAUUUUAGGCCCAUGGUGUGCCUCUUGUAUUGCAAACAUGUUCAUCAAUCAAAUAGAAAAAGUGGAUAAGCAUGAAACAAUACCAGUGCAUAAGAAGUUCCUGAAAUAUUGUUUAACUCAGUUACGGAUUGUUACCACUCUGUUUGAGCUAAACUUUACACCUAAUUAUGAUGUAGAAGAACUGCUGCAGUAUUCCACACCAAGAGUUUACGAACUGAUCAAUCAUCUGCGUAAAUACAAGCCAGAGUAUGAUUUUAUGAUUGUGAGUAGUGGGGGAGACAUGGACGGGUUUAUGGGGGAGGAGGAUAGAGAUAGUCAGAACGGGGAUAGUGAUGGGGACGAAUCCGAAAUGUCGGAUGACUCUGUGGUCAUGUCAGAUGAGGAGACAUCAGACAGAGCAUACAAAGGCAAUGUUCUUCACAUAGCUGUGAAAAGGGAGCCAGACAAUGGGACCCUGCAAAAGACCUUGGACCCAUUGAAUUCAGACAGUGAAAAAUACCUGUGUGGGAUAGUGUUUGUGGAACAUAGAUAUGUAGCUCUAGCCAUUAAUAAAUUCCUCGAAGAAGUGUGUUCAUGGGAUGAAAAUCUGUGCUUUGUUAAGAGCCAGCAUUUAACUGGACAAGGACUGAAGGAUGGGAAAUCCAAGAAAGGGAAUUGGAAGAAGCAAGAGGAUGUGUUGAGGAAAUUCAGACUACAGGACCUUAACUUGUUAGUCUCCACAACUGUGUUGGAGGAUGGUAUAGAUGUCCCUAAAUGUAACCUCAUAGUCAAGUUUGAUCCUCCCAGAAGUUACAAGUCUUACAGCCAAUCAAAGGGUCGUGCUAGAGCCAGAGACUCUGAGUAUGUGAUUCUGGUAGAAGAAAACAAGAAGGAGAUGUUCAUGCAGGAUUACAAUGUGUUCAAAGGAAUAGAGGAUGUGUUAGUAGACAGGAGGAAUGAGGAGGAAGAUGAGGAGGAGGACAAUCAUUGUGAGGACACAUCUAAAGUUCUACUGCCAUACAUGCCAAGCUCAGAUAAUCCCCAUAUUUGUGUCACCGUGGAGACAGCUAUUGCUUUCGUCAACAGGUACUGUGCCAAGUUACCAAGUGAUGCCUUUACUCACCUGACCCCAAAAUGUACGCUGCAGGAGAUAUCUGGUGAGGGGGGAACUAUGUAUAGAGCAACACUGAAUCUACCGAUUAACUCCCCUUACAAACGCUCUGUACAGGGAGAAGUGAUGCCAACAAAGAACCUAGCCAAAAGAGCUGUGGCUCUAAAACUCUGCCAAUGUCUGCAUGAAGCAGGUGAACUGGAUGAUCAACUGAAUCCUGUUGGAAAGGAAGUCUUCACCAUGGAAGAGGAGCAGGAGGAGGAAGACGCAGCAGAUGGCGAAGAGGGCGAGGAUUACAGUGGAGAAGGGAGACCGGGUACCACCAAGAGGAAGCAGUACUAUUUCAAGAGGUUGGCUGCCUCAUUGGUACAAAGUCACCCCUCUACAGAGGAAUGUCUGCUGUACAAUAUAUCUCUUCAACUGAGCAAAGCCAUAUCAGAUGAGCAGAACACCAGAGGUCGGAAGAUCUGUGCCCCGGAGGACACACCGAGGGGGUUCGGAGUUCUCACAUCCAAACAUAUUCCUCAGGUACCAACAUUCCCAGUAUACACAAGGUCAGGGGAGGUAACUGCCUCCAUUGAUGUCCUUAGCAGUAAUUUUUCGGUAUCCUCUGAGGAGCUGAGGAGACUGAGAGAUUUCCACAGAUUUACAUUUACUAAUGUCCUACGUUUAGAAAAGGACCCCAUGGAGUUUUGUCCAGAUGAAAGUGAUCUGGGGUAUCUUAUAGUUCCACUUAAUAAAGAUGAUGAUGGCAAUGUAGUCCUUGAUUGGACCUUCAUCAAAGAAGUUGAAGAUUCCAAAUCACAUGUCCGAAGAAACAUUCAUGACUCUAAAAGAGAACAGUUUGUGUUUUCCAAGGAAGAGUAUGAAGAUGCGGUUGUGAUGCCAUCCUAUCGAAAUGUAGACCAACCACAGCAUUUCUAUGUGGCAGAAAUCCGAUCCGACCUGAAUCCAUCCUCACCUUUCCCAUCGCCAGAGUUGUACAAGACCUUCAGUGCCUAUUACACAACCAAAUACGGUUUGACCAUCACCAAUUUGGAGCAGCCAUUAUUAGACGUAGACCACACGUCUGCUAGGUUAAAUCUGCUCACUCCUCGUUACAUGAACCAAAAGGGGGUGGCAUUGCCCACAAGCAGUGCAGAAACUAAGAAAGCCAGGAGGGAAAAUCUCCAGCAGAAACAAAUUCUUGUCCCAGAACUGUGUGAAAUCCAUGUCUUUCCUGCUUCGCUAUGGCGUAAAGCCGUCUGCUUGCCCACAAUAUUGUACAGAUUGAAUUACUUGCUUGUAGCUGACGAAAUUCGCAUGAGAAUUGCUGAGGGCCCUGGAAUAGGUUUGAUAAAAUUGGAAGAAGGUUUUCGUUUUCAGCCAUUGGAUUUCGGAUUUGAUCUGAAAGAGGAAGAUGAUGAUGGCAGCAAUGUGUGCAAUAGUACAGUAAAUGAUGAAAGUGUGGACGAUAAACUUGUGAAUGGUUGUGAUUCACCAAGUGCUAGUCAAAACGGUUGUGAUAGUGACAAUGUCAUCUCUGAAGAAGAUGAAUGUGAUACAAAGAAAGCAGAAAGCUGUGAUACAAAGCAAAAUCUCAAAGCAGCAUUCCAAAAUGAAAAGGCAGCUAGUGACAUCUGUGAUAUUCAGGGCAAUGUGUCCAGUAACUGUAACCAUGGCAAAAAUGGAUAUCUGAAUCAUGAUGAAGAAUGGGGGAAUACUUUGCAGGAUCAAAGUAAUGAAAAAACUGAGAAGUGUUGGGACAAAGCUCAUCCCAUUUCAGAAAAGUCUAUGAAUGAUUUAACAUCAGAACUGAAUGAGAUGAAUAUUCAUGUCACCAAUUCUCCAUUGAAGAAGACUCCAUGUGAUACAAUCUUGUCUGAUUUCCCUGAAGUGGGUGUCUUCAAACUUCAGGAUAAACCAAGCAUACCAAUUCCAAAGGCUGAGAUCCUCAAAGAGGAGGUGGAUUUUCCAGAGCUCACCAUAUCAUUAGACCAAGAAGUGGACUUGAGUACUUUUGUAGGCCCAAGUCCAUGUACCAUAUUGCAAGCUUUAACCAUGUCCAAUGCCAAUGAUUUCUUCAGUUUAGAGAGGUUGGAAACAAUAGGUGAUUCCUUCUUGAAAUAUGCCAUUACUGUAUACUUAUACUGUACAUAUCCAGGUAUUCACGAGGGGAAGCUUAGUUACUUGAGAAGUAAACAAGUUAGCAAUUGUAACCUUUACCGGUUAGGGAAAAGAAAAGGAUUUGCAGAUUGCAUGAUUUCCACCAAAUUUGAACCAUAUGAAAACUGGUUGCCUCCAGGGUAUGUUAUCAAUGAUGACAAAAGAAAAGGGCCAGUACCAAAAGUCCUACUUAUAAGGAACAAUUUAGGCCAGCUUGAAAAAGUAAGGGAUGGCAGCAUUAUUGAUUCCUUCUGUCCUGAAAAUGCCACCUUAAAUUGGGUGCCAAAAAUUUCGGAAUUGACAGAGGAUUCUGAAAAUGAAAAUGACAACCGAGGAAUUCCUCUUCAAAAUAAUAGAAAAUGUGAAGAGUUGUGCUCAAACAAUGAAAACCAUGAGAACUUCGAGGAAGAAUUAGAGGAGUUAGAGACUCUUCCUGAGAGGGUGAGACAAGAGGAAAAGGACCAGGUGGUGAUCCCGUACAACCUACAGACCCUCCAUAGCAUCCCCGACAAGAGCAUCGCGGACUGUGUGGAGUCUCUGAUUGGCUGCUAUCUGACUUCCUGUGGGAAGAAGGCUGCUCUGAAAUUCAUGCAUUGGUUGGGGCUGAAGGUUCUGCCUCAGAAGAAAAAAGGAAUGGUGCAAGAUACUGAGCUGCUGAGCUUGCAGUGCCCUGACUCUCCAUUAUUGGUCCAUGUUCCCGACCACAACUCCAUUCUCCAUCGUCUCCUGGAGGGAUACGAUACCUUGGAGCAGAGGAUAGGGUAUGAAUUCAGAGACAAAUCUUAUCUCCUUCAAGCCUUCACACACGCCUCAUACCACUACAACACUGUCACAGACUGUUACCAAAGGCUGGAGUUUCUGGGAGAUGCCAUCUUGGAUUAUGUCAUCACCCGCCACCUGUAUGAAGACUCAUGUAAGUACUCACCGGGCGUGCUCACCGACCUUAGGUCAGCACUGGUCAACAACAACAUUUUUGCCGCCCUGGCUGUUAAGUGGGACUUCCACAAGUACUUCAAGGCUAUCUCCCCACCGUUGUUUGGAGUUAUAGAGAAGUUUGUAGCCAGACAGAAAGAACGGGAGGAUGAAAUUGACCUGAGUGAUGAUGAGGGAGAGGGGGAGGAAGAAGAACAUGUUGAGCUGGAGGUACCCAAAGCUCUGGGAGAUAUAUUUGAGUCAUUAGCAGGAGCCAUUUACCUGGAUAGUAAAAUGUCCCUGGAUACUGUGUGGAGAGUGUACUAUCGUAUUAUGAAGCCGCAAAUAGACAAAUACCUGCUGAGCAUUCCAAAGUCUCCAGUACGUGAACUUUUAGAAAUGGAACCAGAAACAGCCAAGUUUGAAAAACCAGAGAGAACCCUGGAAGGCAAGAUCAGGGUGACUGUAAAUGUGGUGACCAAAGGCGUGUUCACCGGGGUCGGAAGGAACUAUAGGAUCGCCAAAAGUGCCGCUGCCAAAAAAGCUCUCCGCUCCAUCAAAGCCUUGCAAGCUGGCGGACUUGUAUAACUGAAAGAUCAGUUUUCUCAUCAAAGGGUAACAGACUGAAGGAUUUGUUUAUAAUAAGUGGAAUAAAAGCUCAGCCCUUCAUCAAAGAUUUACGGACUUAAGGACAUGUCCAAGUGAAAUAAGAGCUCUGCCUUCAUUCAACCCUUACAAGCAGCGAAAGGACUUGAUUUGGUGGGUUAAAAACUCUGCUAUUCAUCAAAGGCUUAAAAACCUUAGGAGUUGGCUUAGUCUAAAGCAGGUCUGCCAUUCACUAUAGGCUUAAAUUGCUAGUUCAGAAUAGGAGUCAUGUUGCUAAGGAUUUCUUAUAGGAAUUGUUAAGUUUUGUGGGGUUUUUUUUUUGGGGGGGGGGGGGAGGGGUUGGGGGUUUGAAAAGUUGGAGGGAUGUGGUCUGCAUUGUCAGCUGAUUGGUUAUGUGCAAUAUUUACUCUGCAAUUGACAAGAGCAGUAAAAAAGGUGCAUUACAUAUACAAAUAAGUGCUCAAAAGCUGUGCUGUUGUUGAUGUACAAGUAUUUUUCUUUUUUUGCUGAACAAAUAAGCCAAACUGUAUUAUAUGUGUAACAUUUGAUGUUUUAUUAACUUGUAUCAAUGGAGUCUGUUUUGUUAUAUAUGAAUUUUGACACAUAGUUGCUGAUGUGAAGGUUAAUAAAUAUGUAUCUGAUCUGAUAAAAACAGUGUUCAUCAGGUAGCAUUAUAUACAGCUUUACAAACUUAUAAUCAAGUCAAUGAAUACAUAUGUACCAAGUAUUGAAUAUGCAUGUUAAUUAGGCUUCUCCAGAAAAUGUUGAAUCAGUUAAUGGCAUUCAAGAAAUGUUGUUUCAUUUUAUGAAUGGGGAAAGAGCAAUUAUUGUCGACCAUCCUGGGUUCAAAAGUUCAUUGGAUUGUAAUUUCUAAUUACCAGUAGAUUCAAUAUUUUCAUUGUCCUUCCAAAUAUGACACCAUUAUUGUUUGUCCUGAUGCUCAUUUGUUACCCAGUGUAAAGGUAAUUUUGCAUUGUAUCACUUUGAAUAAAUUAAUGUAUUAUUUUUUAUUACACUGUAUUGUAAAUCUUAUGUGAUGUGACAUCAUGCAUUUAUACUUUAUAAUACCUUAAAACAUGUUGUUUUUUUUUAGAAAUAUAGUGAAGUUUGUUACUAGAAAAAUCUUUGAUAAAAAUCUAAUUAAAUUCAGGUGCUUUUAUCUUACAGCUCAAGAGAAAUAAAACAUUCAUAUCAAUCAUUUUUAAGUAAAUGACAUACUGUGGUUUCAUCAAUAUUCGUUAAAAACCAAUUUUCGUGGACUUCGUUGUUAAGUUGGUCCACGAAAUUAAAUAUUCAUUGAAGUUCAAUUUCAACAAACAUUUUGUAUUGAUAGGAUCAUUAGCCACGAAUUUAGGUAUCCUUGAAACUGGUUUUCAGAAAAUCCACGAAAAUUGAUACCCAUGAAAAUUAAUGAAACCACAGUACCAUAUGUUCAAUAAAUUAAAUGAUAAGUAUAGAGUAAAUUAUUUAUUUUUUGUGGGAGUCAGUUUGUAAUCAUAGAGAUUUUCUGUUGUUUACUACUUUUAAUUAGUAUUCAUAAACAAAAUUAACCACAACAUUCCUGUUUAGUAAUGUUUACAUGUACUGUACAUUUAGUUUGAACCAAAGUUAUAGUUUGUCAACAUAACAAUUUACAAACUGAAUGCCAAUUUUACAAACUGAAUAAAUGCCAAUUUAAAAAUAAAAAUCUUAUAGCAAACAAGAAAUAAUAACUUUGCAUGAGAAAACAAUGUUUAAAAUCAUUUGUAAAUAAAUCUGCUGUGGUAUACUUGUACUUAGUAAUGUAAUAAGAAAAAUUAAAGUUAAGUUCUAACAGUUAUUUCCCUUGAAGAAGUGUUUUAUCCUCAGCCAUCGCAUAGAGGAUCUCCUCUAUGUGAUGGUGUAAUGGAGGUCUGUGCGUUAGUCAGAUGAUCCUCAGCAUGCUCAGUACCUGGAUUUAUUGAUAUUUACUGGGCUGAGGAUCAGAUAAUCUUGAAGUAGAAAGUACUCAGUUCUUUAAGAAGUGCAAUGAAUUUGUUCUCAGUGUGUUAACAUCAGUACGAUGAUAGGUAGGCUAAUAGAAUUCUGUAUCAUUAGCUAUUUUAGGUGUGACUGUACAUUACAUUAAUGUUGUAUCAUGGACAACAUUAUUUUUAAAAAGUGCUUACACUUAAAGAUUUACUCAAUACCAUGUUUGUAUAUUCAAUCUGUGUUGAACAGCUGAGAAUUUAUUAUGUUUGGUAAUAAUAUACUAAACAUUGUCAUGGUAGCUCCUCUGAAUUAAAUUUUUGAACAUUUUUACUUUGUGUCUAAAAUAAAUAGAUUUAAAACCAGUUUGAAUGUUGUUCAUUUUCUUUAUUAGGAAAAAGAUUGAGAAAUGAAUUAAUGAGAAUUCUUGCAAACUUGAUUUCUCCCCUGGAGAAAAAAAAAUGUCAUUAUUAAAGUAGAAUACACAUAUACAGCACUUUAAUUUUCAAUCUAGUUAAGAGAAUAUAGUAAAGUAAAAAAAAAUAAAAGGGACUUUGUCAUAUGUUAUGUUUUCAUCAAUCAUAAUAUUAAAGACAAAUUAUAAGCUUGAAAGUCUUCAAAUUGAAAUUUGAAUGCAUGCAACCAUCCACAAAAAAGAAAGAAAAGUCAAACUUGUUUUAAGGCAGUUUUUAUUUUUCUCUCCAUUGGAAUAUACAUGUCCAAAAUACACUGUGUACUCUGUCUGAAGCACCCUUCUCCAUUAUGAUCAUGAUAAACAUAAUAAAACAAAGGAGAUUCAUACACAUGUAUUACACCCAAAACAAAGCAAAACCAAUGCAUAACAGUUACCAUUAGUAAAACAAAAACAGUGCUGCAUGAUAUCACUUUAGACUAUGUUACUGUGCCCUCAAUUUACCUCCACCUUAAACUGUAAACCAACUUUUAUUGGUGUGUGAAAAAAUUUUGCAAGGUUUGCGAUAGCCUCCCUGUUGUGAAUAUUUCUUUCCGCAAAUCGGUCCGUAAUUGCGUUAUGGGUGAAAUAACAACAUGGUGUUGAUAAGGUUUGAACGUGAAUGUUAGUUGCUGCGAACCGGUUAAUCUCCGGUCUUUCACAAAUAA